AUGUUGCCGCACUCUCUUUAUCGAGGAAACCAUCUUGUCCAGAGGGACACUGUGGGCACUGAUGAGGGGAUAUGCCAAGCCGACUUAACGUCGUAUCGGCAGGUGUCAUUGGGGCGUGAGAGGGCACCGAGAGAGACCACAUCAAAGUUUACCGCUACGACAGCGGCUGGCGUGUCAUCAUUCACCCCUCUUACUCCACCUGCUCCUUUUUUUCCUUCUGCCUGUAUCGUCGAUGAAAGGAGGGAGUGCAAAGAGACUUUUCUUGUUUCCUCGGCCCACACAAACGAUUGUAUGGGCGAGGCAUGGCGUCUACCUAACUGCUGCUGCACGGAGCAUUUACUGCGCCGCAUCAUAGAGUUGGAAUGUGAGAACGGAUUAUUUCGUAUUGCGUUGCUGGAAGGAUCCGAGCGACGGAUGCGGCAGCGGUUUUGCGGCGGUUUCAGCACCGACAGCAGCCAGCACCACCAACACAACCAUAAUCGGCAGCAGCAGCAGCAGCAGAUUCUCCAGUGCGUGAGGGAAGUUGAACGAAGUGCCAAGAGGUAUUUUCAGGACGAAUUGGAAAAAAUGCAGCAACAGAACAAAGCGGAUGCCGCAGCAGCAGCGGCGCAGCACCCCACGAGAGGAGAGACUUACGAGUCCACACUUGCGCAGUCGGAGCGACGGCGUUGGAAGGAGCAUGUUCGGCACACCGUGGAGGAACUGGCUCUGCUGCACCGCGAAAAGGAGAAGCAGGCUGCUGGUGCCGCAAUGGCCUCGAUCAUGAACACGGCGUUGGCGACGAAUCGUCAUCACUCGCGGGAUGCGGAUGAUGACGACGGCGGCAGUGCUGGCAAACGUAUUGCCGACCUGCAAAGGGAGGUGGCGGAGAAGGAGCGGGCACGCGCCGAGUUGUAUCGGGAAAAUGCACUGCGAGAGCUGGGGCAUAUGCAUGCAAUUUACCGACAUGCUCUGGGGGAGGAGCAAUCUACAUUACCGGGUUGUGGCGCAGCGACCAUGCCGGCAGAAGGGAUGGGAGCCAAAGAAACAAGUUGUCGUGCGGAUCAACUAUAG